AUGGCUACACAAGGAUAUGGUGACGAAUUACAGUAUUUUAAUUCCAGCUACACUUCUAAAAGCUUUAAUAUGACUCAUGCUACAACGACCAUCGUCUAUCAUGGGGUCGCUCGGAGUCGCUUGGUAUUCUAUGGUAUUAGCAUAGCAAUUGGAAUUAGUAUCGGCUCGGUUUUGGCAUUCGCGAUUUCAUUCCAUUAUUGCAGUAAACUUUUACCUCAGAAAUCAGUUACCAAUAUUAUUGCCAUCGGUGGAAUUUUAAUUAUGACAUACUUUGUCGAUUAUCGCCCGUUCAAUUAUGCUUCUUUCUUAAUAGCCAAUAAAGAAGCUAUUGCAAUAUAUGUCGUUAUAUCUGGUGGUUUAACUUUUUGUUUGUGCCAUACGUACGAACCGGGACCAGAAGAUCCCAAGAGAAAGGUAAUACAGUGGAUUAUUCAAGCUAUCGCUAUCCUUCUAAUGUACUAUGGGUUGCAACUGCAAGAGAUAUCUUUUCUAGUUAUAAUUGUAUGCUGGAUAUGGAGUUGGCAGUAUCAUGCAACCAAAGCCACUGCUGUAGUAAAAGCCACCUUUAAAAAAUUUAGGAAAAGGUAUGCAUUACGUGCUACCGUUAAUACACCCCAUCGAUUUUUAACACAAGAAGAGUUUGUAACUGAGGGUAAGGUAGAAACUGAGAAGGCGCUACAACAACUACGUGACUACUGUACAAGCCCUGAAUGUAAUACUUGGGAAAUAGUGAAAAAGUUGAAAGACCCCAAGAGGUUUGCUGAACUUCUUUACGGUAAUGGUGAUCUCGAUGACCGAGAACUCUAUAGAUGGAUGAAUGACAGUAUGUUUGAUGUUGAAUAA